AGAAAGACACAUCUUGUCACCUAUUUGUAAAUUCAAGAUUGUAAAAUUUUAUCCAACACAACCAAUAUUUACAUAGGUAGAGAGUCACAUUAGAUACAUCGCAAGCACAUUGGAACAAAUUCAUCACCAUAAGUAUAUCAUCUACGCUUUUGCUGGGAACACUAUGUUAUACCAAAUAGAAUGCAAAACCAUCAAAUUUAUUAUCAUACAUUUUUCCCUUUAAAAAAGUUUAUCACACACAAACAAAAAUAGUAAAAUGUAUUAAUAUGAACUUUAACUGAACAAAAUAAUAAUGUAGUAAUAAAAAUACAAAUAAGAAAAUAUACAAGAAAAAAAUAAAGACUAGAGAGAUAAUCAUUCUGCUCUUUACAUAUUACGAAAACUUAGAAAAUUCCAUGAUGGUAGGGAAUUCGAAAAGCUAAAAAGAACUGACUUCUGCAAGAUGACAAGCAUUACAAACACACAUUUUCUGUCAAAAUUUUCAAAUUAAAAUAUAUUUUUAUUAGUUAAAACAAGUAAAGAAUAUACACAAAAGAAAAACAGAAAGAAAAGAUCAAGAAGGAAAAUUCCAAACAUAUAUUUUUGGAGUCAGCUAUUCGAAUAGUUUGAAGUAAAAGACGACAGAUAAAAGACAAAAGACAUUGCAUAAUGGGUAAGUAAAAUGUUGUAUCAUCAACAAUAUUACGAAAUAUGCAUACCAAAACAAGAAAGAAAAAAUAACAGAUUAUCUCUCCUUACCUCACAAGUCACAAGUCUCGUAUGACAUACACUCCUUUAAUACAUGAGUCUUCUUCAAUAGUCAUUUUCCUUAUCUCUCUCACUCUCUCCAUCAAUAUUGUCAAACAUGGACAAAAGAAUGAGGCUCAGGGUUCCAAGCAUAGUCAGGUCAUCUCUAAACUCUUGCCGAUCACGAGGUCUAUACGACGUCUUUGACACUUCUGCUGUUGCAAGCCACACCACCUCUUCCGAGAGAUUCUUCCUUACCAAAGCUCCACGCGUGGACCGUCACAAACCUAAGCCUUAUGCCUUCCCUCCAAACCCUUUCUACGAAGGAAGCCGUUCCUUUCGAGAUAUAAGGAAGAAGAUUAAGACAAAGAGGAAGCAGAGAUCAUCUCAGUUUGGUUCUGAUCCUCUUCUUACCUCUAGUUUUAAGUCAAGUGGGUCUUGGUGCUGGUCGUGUAGCGAGGAAGAAGAAGAGAGUGACGAUAGAGAUACACUCGUUUCUUCUAGAAGCUUCUCCUCGGACUACUCUAAGGGGGAGAGUUUUGCGGUGGUGAAGAAGUCACAUGAUCCGUAUCAGGAUUUCAGGAAGUCAAUGGUGGAGAUGAUUGUUGAGAGACAGAUCUUUGCAGCGGCCGAGCUACAACAGCUUCUUCAGUGUUUUCUAUCGUUGAACUCUCUUCAACACCACAGUGUUAUAAUCCAAGUGUUCUUAGAAAUAUAUGCCACCUUGUUCUCUACCUAAUAUCUAUCUCUCUCUAUAAAAACUUUUACUAAUCACUAUGUUCAACCUUAAUCUUGCUUUAGUGUUUCGGCUUUCCCCCUUUGCUUUGUAUUAGCCAUGUAUUUAUGUUAUCAAACAAUGAUCACUUAGUAGAUCAUCUCUACCCAUUUUUAUC